AGAACUUGGAGCUUCAGCUUAUACUCUUUCCUGUAGCCAUUAAAUAUUGUUGGAGCUCGGCCCGACGCGACGCGGUAGUAAAACAAAACUUAUUUUAUGGGGAUCGACGUUAUGGUGUACAAAACAGCGUUUGGUUGGAAGUGAGUGGCCAACAACAAUAGUAAGAAAGAAAAACAACUGGUUUCUCAGUUUUGUUCCGCUGGCUGGCUGGUUGACUCUGGCUCUGACUGUUUCAACUCGUCAUUCGUUAUUAGUGCUAUAAGCUAUUAGUCAUCAUCGGGCCGAAUACCUGGCAACGACUCAGAUUGUUUGCUGCGUGCGGUUUAAUAAACAAUAUAUUUUUUUCGAAAACACAUUACACAAAAUAUUAUGUAUGUUCAUUAAGCUCUGGUUAAAUAAACAAAAGGAAAAGUUUAUUGUGUUAAAAGUGAACAAAAUUUAAAUAAAAUACAUAUAAUUAAAAAAUAUGUCAACCAGUGUUAUAGAGGUUAAGUUUAUUUUUUCGGGUUUAAUUCCGUGAAUUAAUUUUAAACAUAUGGUACUUAAGUUCUGAAAAUAAUAAGUGAUAUUGUUGGAAAAAAAAGUGUGCUUACGAAUUAUAUUCAACGAAAGAUCUCCAUUCAAAAAUCUUUAUAGAAACGAAGAGAGAGAAUUAAACAAUAAAAGACAAAAUGUCGGAAUAUUUUGAAUUUCAGAUGACCAAACGUUACUUGAAAGCCGGUUCUAUAUCAUACAUGGGCCGUCAACAACAAUCGUUCAAUAAAAAUGAGGCACGUGAUCGACGGAAAGCAUUAAUAGCUCUUAAAGAUAUGAUUGGAGCAAGCAUGAAUUUCGCCUUGAAAGACAAAUCGUGCUGCACCGACGAUGACUUUCUAAAUAGAUUUCUUUAUGCCAGAAAAUUUCGAUGCAACGAAGCCUUUGAAUUAAUUAUUAACUAUCAUUCGUAUAAGCAACGUAAUAAAGUUCUCCUACAGAAGCUUAAUAUCUUCGAUGAAACCAUCCAGAUGGCUUUGAGAGAUGGGAAUCCGUGUAUAUUGAAAGAACGUGACCGACGUGGUAGGAAAGUGAUUCUAUUCAAUACAGUCAAUUGGGAACCAACAAAAUACACAGCUGAGGAUGUUUACCGGGCCUUUCUGCUGACACUAGAUAAACUGUUGGAAGAGAAGCAAAAUCAAGCAUUGGGUUUUGUGGUGAUUGUAGAUUGGACAAACUUUACUCUGCGACAGUCAUCGCACAUGCAGCCAAAGAUUCUGAAAUUAAUGAUAGAAGGAUUACAAGAUUGUUUUCCAGCUAAAUUCAAGGCGAUCCAUUUCAUUGCCCAACCCUGGUAUGUCGACAUCGCUUUGGCUGUGAUCAAACCAUUUCUCAAGGACAAAACUCGUGAACGUUUCAAGUUGCAUGGCACCAAUCUCGCAACCUUACAUGAAUGCAUUGCCAAGGACAUCCUUCCUCCAGAUCUGGGCGGUGAAGGACCAAGUGUCAAUACACUCGAUUGGUAUCAUGUUCUUCUCGAAUCUAGCCAAACUACCGAAGCACCAAAAUCAUAUCGACUCAUCGAAACGACAGUUUAUGCAAAGGCUCCAUUCAAGAUACCAUCGUCGAAUGGUAUUUCAGAGAAAAGUCAGUUAAUGAUUGAAGCGAAUCACAGUAACUUAUGACAUAGUUUUUCAACACAGAACGAAAAUCAAAUUGUGUGCGCUUAAAAAAUGAAAGUAGGGGAGAACGACAUAAGCGAUUUAUGCAAUUUGUGAUUUUUAUAAUGACAUUUAAUAUUAAGAAAAUAUACAUACAAAAAAUAUCAUUUUAUUAUUUAUCACUAAGAAUUUUUAAAUGAUUCUCAUUUUGUUGCUAUGCGAAGGGAGGUGAUGUGAAAUAAUACCACAAAGAAACUUUUUUAAAAACCAUUGUUUCAAACCCCGACACUUACUUUAAAAUAAAUUGACGUCUCGACACAAGUUGAAAAAAAUAGUUAAUUAUUCCCAAGAAACUUAACUUUUAAUAACCAUCCAAAAAUAAGACUUUGUAUUUUUCUUUUGUAAGGAAGAAUUUUAUUUGACUUUGCCCACCGGCAGAAAAUGGUCUUAUUUCACAUCACACUCAUGGAAUAUAAAAUAUUUUGUGUAAUGCGAUAUAUUUUAGGUACACUUAUGUAUUUAGAUUGUAAUGUAACUAAUUAGUAAAUCGUAGUAUUCUUAUGAUUAAAUUAAGUAAUCUCCAGUCUCAUACAUGUAUUUUUUCUAAAAAUAAAAAUAAAAAUUCGAAUAUCAUA